AUGCACCAUUCGACAUCGCGGUCGCGUUGCUCGGAGGCGUUCCACGGUGUGCCCAAAGUGCUGGUUUCUCGCUGUCUCCGUACUCACAAGCUGGGGCAGGCCUCUUCCAGUUGCGCCGAGCGCGUUACAGACCUGGAGGAGGACUUUGCUGCCUUCAGAGAUGAAGUCUUUGACAAUUCCAUGGCCAUCAAGCACCUGCUGUGCAGGACGAAUGAGUCUGUCAAAAACCAGCGCCGCUCAUCGGAAUCGUCUGCGUCGCUCUGCGCCGACCGUGUAACCAGCCUACAAUCUAAGGUGGUCUCUCUUAGACUUGAGGUCAACGUCCUGACCUCUCGUCAAGCCACCGAUCGUGCGAUUGUCGACAACCUUCUGGGAGAUAUCGCUACUCUGCACGAGUCGAAUCAGAAGUUCGAGCGACGUCUGUGCUCGUUGAGUGACAGUGUUGACCGCCUGCAGCUGGAGAACAGCCACCUUGAGGGCAUGCUAUCUUCGUAUACCUCUGGGCAAUCAAGUCCUCGUUGCUGCCCUGCGACUGUCUCGCUCAAUACUCACUCACUCGACAUGGAGCUGAAGGCUGCCGAUGCGCUCCCGAAGACGCAGGGUUGGAUAUCUCUUGUGGCGGUAAGGAUGUUCUAUCUAUCGACUCUACUCGUCUGGCUUAACUUUCAGGAAUAUAUAUUCGAUCUUGCUUACACCACGACAGAUGCGCUGCCGAGGGCGCAGGGUUGGAUAUCUCUUGUGGUGCAGAGCUACAUCGACGCAACCUUACGUUGCACGGCACCACUGAUGCUCGAAUUAUCUAUCUUUCUGGUGUCAUUUCUAAUAACUCGAAGUUUCUCGAUUGCCAUCUCCUACGUUAUGGUGCCCCAGCAGUACGAAUAUCCUGUGUGGGAGUCACUCAGAAUGUAA